AUAGACGAACGAUUUGGACUCAUGCCACUCUUACGCACGACGGUGGAAAUCUUGCAAUCUCACGGCGAAAGUUUUGAAACUGUGGAAGGCUAGAUCACGAGGAUGGGGGCGCCUGCUCGAAACGAGGACUCGUUGACAGGAAUGAAGAAAUGGCUCGCAGAUUACAGAGCGAAGAGGCCCGGGCUCGAUGUUUUGCAACGGGAGGUGGACGAUUUCAUGGCUGACUUUGAUGCGAAGGAGGAGAAGGCUAGGUUGGAGAAGAUGGCCGCCGCGGAGGAGGAGGGAUGGACUCUGGUCGUCGGCAACAAAGGCAGGAAGAAGACUACAGAUACUGAAAGCGGUGUCAGAGUUGGAGCCAUAUCAAGCCUUGCCGCUGAAGAAAAAUCGAAGAAGCAGUCCAAGAAGGAGACUACUGAUGACUUUUAUCGAUUUCAAAGACGAGAUGCACGACGAAACGAGGUUUUAGAGUUGCAGAAGAAAUUCGAAGAGGACAAGAAGAGAAUUGCUAAAAUGCAAUGACGAGGCUUUCUCUGAUGGAUAUCUGGGGCUCCCCUCUCCGUUGUAGACAAGAAGCAUUCCAGUUGUUUUCAUCGAUUCUGAAGGUUUGCACCUCUUAAGUAAAUGCAUGAGCAUCCUUUGUCAAGAGAACGGUAAAUAACUCUAGGAGGAGCCUACUAGGACACUGAGUGCAGGUGGAGGUCAGGGUAUCGACACC